AUGAGGAACCUCAAGAAGUUCGGCGGCGCAAAGGCAGCAGCGGCGCCCAAGUGGAAGCCGGACUGGGACUGGGUCGCCGAUGUCAAGGAUCCAAAGGACAUUACGCCCGAGCUGCGCCGCCGUGCAGCUGGGCUUGCGGAUGUCCCACCAUGUCCUCUGCCGACAGUACGCUGGGCUUCUCGCCAGCCAUCCACGAAUGGCGCAAGCAGCAGCACAUCGAGCAAGCAGAACGGUGUGAUAGACGUCGAUGACGAUGAGGGAGAAGGCAGCUCAGCCGUGUCUAUCGUUUCACCAAAAUCGAAUGGACCAGCAUGUACCGCCAAGCGCUGCAAGAGCUCGCCACGGUGCUAUAACAAUCUUGGCUUUGAGAAGAAAGAUGCCAAGGAGAAGUACGUUGAGAACAAUGCGGGCGAAGAGCUCGAGUUCCGCGACGGACCUGCCGGACUGUGUAACUAUGGCGCUACGUGCUAUCUGUGGUUUAACAACGUCGCCUUCCGGAACGGUGUGUACGAGGCGGCGGGCGAGCAGGGGACACUGCAUUGCCUGGCGUCUGUCUUCGGACGGCUUCAGAUAUCGCGCCGCCCUGUCGUCGAUCCUGGACCGCUCAUCGAGGCAUUGCGCCUGAACAAGGGCGACCAGCAGGAUGCUGCCGAGUUCUCAAAACUCUUCAUGACGCUUCUCAGCGAUGAGUUCACACGGCGGAACCCUCAAGGAAACCUCGUGAAGGACCUGUUCGAGGGCGAGAUGGAGUACUGCACGCGCUGUGACACCUGUGGCUACGAGUCGAAGACUAGCGGUACGCUGGGCAACGAAAGAAGACAGCUGACCACAGCACCGUUCCUCGAGCUCGAGAUUAGCCUGAAAGAUAAAGCGUCCUUGGAGAGCAGGAUCGAUCACAUGCUGCAGUCUGAGCGCCUCGACGGCGACAACAAGUACAGCUGCCCUCGAUGUAACUACAAGCUGCGACCAGCGAUUCGGUCCACGUCAUUGAGGAAGCUUCCGCCCUUCCUUCACUUCUCGUUGAUGCGAUUUGUGUACGACCCCCGCCAGGACUCGCGCAAGAAGACGAAGCAUUCGAUCACAUACCCGCGCAAGCUCCAACUCAGCGACACGUGGUACGAGCUCGUCGGCGCUUUCCAUGGUCACUUCACCUGCGAAGUGUAUGAUGAGGAGUCGAAGCAGUUCUUCUUCUACUCGGAUGAACAGGUCAAGCGGGUAGCGGACGGCGAGGGCCGUCCCAAGAAGCGCAUCAAGCUCGAGACUGAUGACGAUACUGAGUCAUCUCGAGAUGCGUACAUGCUUGUGUACCGGAAAAUGGGCGAGCCGCUUGCCACCGCUCAAGAUCCCCCACCGUCUGUGGUAGAAGCCAUCGAAGCCGACAACGUUGCUCUUGCAGCUGAGAUCGACGGUCGCGUGAAUAAGACCUCGGAGCUGGCGUCGCAGUUCGACUCUGUGCAGGCGGAGAAGCUCGCUGUCCUGAGCGAGAUCGACGGGGGCGACUGUAUUAUACCAAGGGACGAUUUGAAGACAUGGAUCGAGUCACCCGAGCUAGCUACCGCUUGGAAGGGCUUCGAGGAAGUCAUGUGCAAGCAUCAGAGGAUUGAUCCAGAGAAGACGAAGGACCUGCGGCUCGUGUCCCGCUCAGCGUUCGAUCGUAUCAAGCAGGUGAAUCCCGACAUCCCAGAAGUCGACGUUUGCGCAACCUGCGUCGAGGCUGAGUUUACUCGCCGCACGCAGCGGUCGAACAAGGAGGAGCAGGUCAAAGCGUUCGAGGAGCUCAACUCUUCGUCUGGUGAUCAAGACUACCUGCUUCCCAGAGCUUGGCUGAAAGAGUGGAAAGGAAAGAAGGGUAUCGAUGUUCCGCCGACGGAUCCCGACUACGACCUGCGCUGCGAGCAUGGGCAGUUGUACGUCCCCCACACAAGCCUCGUCUCGAACGUCACCGCCGAGGCAGUAGCGUUGCUGCAAUCGAUCUUCGGCGACUUUCCCGUCUUCACUGAUAACGACGUACAAUGCGACGAGUGUGCGGUGUCAGAGGCACAAAAGCAGUCCGACUACAAUGAAUGGCGUGCUCGCGCUGCGGACGAGAAGAAGCUGGCGAAGAACCAACUCAACAUCACCCAAAUCCUCGGAAUCGACAACUACCUCCUGCCUAAGAAGUUCUUCGCGGAGUGGGAGGCGUGGAUGCGCGGGAAGGGUGCCGAUCGCCCCGAAGGGCUCAGCAUGGAAUACUGUCCCCACGGGCUGCUUGAUUUCGAUCCCCAGAUGGAGCACUCGAACUACAUCACCGCAGCGGGCUGGAAUGAGCUGUGCAGAUUAUACGACCACGACCCUUCAGACGCCGUGAAAGUGCAGUUCUCCGCCUCCCCCGAGGAAGGGAAGAAGUGCUCCGUAACGAGAGGCAAGGAUACCGUGCCAGCCGAGAGCAAGAACAAGCGACGCGCCAGCGCCAGGUCGAAACAGAUGUACGUCGACGUCGAGAAGGGGACGGCGAUCAAGGACAUCCGACUGCACAUCUACGAGCAGUGGAAGAUUUCGCCGUUGUCGCAGCGGUUGUUCCUGCGCGGCAACGAGGUCGACGCCAGCGAUACGGUAGAGAGCCUCCGGAUUGUGGAGGGCGACUGGCUCUGCCUCGAGGAGAUUGAGGAGGCGGACGACUUUGGCCCAGAGGGUGGAACGGAAGGAUUCGGCGGGACUGCCCUUAUUGGGCGUAAGGGUGAGCUCACGACAGGUGAGAAAGCUGACAGCAGCAUGCCCCGCGUGUACAUACUCAAACGAGCCAAUGCACCUUCAGUGCGCAAUGUGUGA